AUGCUCAGUGCUGAAGCUGGAGCGAAGACGCCUCAAAUACUGAGACGAAAGAAGAGAGAGUGGAUCCUUCCUCCUGUAAAGCUGUAUGAGAACAAAGACUACACUGGCAGGGAUUUUAUUGCCAAGAUUCGUUCUGAUAAAGACAAAAAGGCCCAGGUGGAGUAUUAUCUUACAGGAGUAGGUGCCAGCAAGCCACCUGUUAACCUCUUUGUGGUGGACCAUAACACUGGGUUUGUACGUAUAACGGGUAUACUGGACCGGGAGAAACAACCAUACUACAAUAUAACAGGAACUGCUAAAUAUCUAAAUGGGGAUACAGCAGAGGAAGACAUUCCACUCACUGUCAUAGUCCUGGAUGAAAACGACAAUCCUCCUUAUUUUGAACUACAUAAAGGCAGCAUCGCUGAAGCAAGGAAAGAGGGAACCCUUGUUAUGCAGAUCACAGGAAAAGAUGACGACCAACCUGGGACAAAAAAUUCUGAAUUGGCCUAUAGCAUCGUUAGUCAAGAGCCAGCAGGCUCAGGCCCAAUGUUCACCAUAGACAAAAAGACGGGCAAACUAUAUAUCAAAGAUCCCACACUGGACAGAGAGACAUGUGACUUUUACAAACUGAUUGUUACGGCGACUGAUCUGGGAGGAGCACCAGGGGGACUAACAGGGACAGGAACUGUGGAGAUCCAGGUCACUGAUAUCAAUGACAAUAUCCCCAUUUUGGACAAAUCUGACUACUCUGGAUCUGUGGAUGAAAAUGUGGCCGAUGUAGUUGUAAUGAGAAUCAAAGCUCUGGACAAAGACCUGGAACCCUCAGACAACUGGGUUGCUGUCUUCAUUAUCGAUAAAGGAAAUGAGGAUGGUAUCUUCUCCAUUGAGACUGACAGAAAAACCAAUGAGGGCAUCCUGAAGCUGAUAAAGCCUUUGGAUUUUGAAGAUGUGAAGAAUCUUGAGCUCAGCCUGCUCAUUGAGAAUGUAGCUCCUUUCGUGGAGGGCGAUGCUAUACUGAUAGAUGUGGGUGUUCUAGCUGGAGAGGGUGAUUCCAUCCCAAAUGGAGCUGGUGCUGGUGCUGGUGCUGGUGCUGGAGCUAGUGCGGGUGCCGGAGCUGGUGCUGAUGCAGGUGCUGAUGCAGGUGCUGAUGCUGGUGCUGAUGCUGGUGCUGAUGCUGGUGCAGGAGCUGGACCUGAUGCUGGUGCUGGUGCUGGUGCUGGUGCUGGAGCUGGUGCUGGAGCCGAUGCUGGUGCUGGAGCUGAUGCUGGUGCUGACCCUGACGCUGACCCGAAUGGAGGGGUGGAUACUGGGUUGCCAGUGGGACUGAAGCCUGGGGCAGGGCCCGGCCCUGGAGUUAAGCCUGGUGUUGGCCCAGGACCUGGCACUAAACCAAAGCCAGGCGUCAAACCAGAAACAAAGCCAAAGGAAACACAGAAAAGCUACUCUAUUAAGAUUGCAGUGAACAAUAUGCCAGAGGCUCCAGCAUUUAUACCAGACACUAAAACUGUUCCUGUAUCAGAGGAUCCAAAUGAACUACCAGAGGAUGGUGUAAUCGCAGUGUUUCCUGCUGUUGAUCCAGACACAGGAGAAGCAGCACAAGAUGUCAGUUAUGCCAAAGCCUACGAUCCAAACAACUGGUUUACCAUUGACGAAGAAACAGCUGAGAUUAAACUCAUCAAGGUACCAGACAGAGAAUCGCCAUUCUUGGUGAACGGUACCUACAUUGCCAAGAUUCUGGCUAUAACCAAAGACAUGCCAUCUAAGACAUCCACAGGAACAAUAGCCGUCCGAAUAGCUGACUCCAACGACCACUGUCCCACGCUGACCACCAGCUACGAAAGUCUGUGCUCUGAUGAAAAAACAGUUUAUGUGACUGGUUUUGAUGAGGAUGUUAGUCCCAAUGCUGCUCCAUUCACCUUCAGAAUCAUGUCUGAUGGGACACGUGGCAGCUGGAAUGUUGAAGUCAUUAAUGAGACGAGUGCCGCUCUUCACUCAGGGGAGACCCUGUGGCCAGGCAUAUAUAAGCUGCAGGUGGAGGUGUCAGAUGCUCAGGGUCUGUCAUGCCCAGUCAACGAGGUUUUUGAAGUGGAUGUCUGUAACUGUGAGGACACCAAUGACUGCAGCCUAAGGACAGCCAAACUAGGAGCAUCAGCAGUAUCAGCUAAGUUAUCGGCCCCAGCCAUCAGCCUGCUGUUAAUCGCACUGUGCUUACUGUUGUUCAUCCCUCUUCUCCUGCUAUUCUGUCAGUGUGGAGGGGCAAAUACCAUCUUUGCUGACCAAUUUACUGAUCUGCCAUUUGAGGCCAAGGAGCACCUCAUAUCCUACCACACAGAGGGCAAAGGCGAUGAUAGGGAAGUACCACUCCAAAGUGUUCCUAUCAUGUUAGCAACCCAAAAGAUCGUUGCAGCAGCACCCGCAGCGAACGUCAACAGUUUUCCUACACAAAUCCUUGAAACUCAACAGUCAUUCUAUGAAUCUACACAGAAGUUUCAGGAAACCAAUCAGAGUGUCAUGGAGGUUGACAACGCUUACAGAUUUUCAAGGGAAUCAUUUAGUUAUGGCAUGAGCAAUGCUACAUUCAAAAGGGAAAGAGUUGGUUCUGACCACACAACAGCUUUGUAUGAGAAUAUAGCCCUACCUGACGCUUUCCUGAGUGAUUACUACUCACAGAAAGCGAUGUGUAAUGUGCCAGUGAAGGACAGUCUGUUGGUGUAUAAUGAUGAGGGCCGGGACUCUCCUGCUGGCUCAGUUGGCUGUUGCAGCCUCCUGGAGUCUGCCAACGAUCUUCAGUUCCUCAAUGACCUGGGGCCAAAGUUCAAGACUCUAGCUGAAAUUUGUUCCCCUCCAACACCAACACCUGGACCUUCUUUCAAAGUAGCAGGUGCUGUCAAAACCACAGUUGUUGAACAGGUUGUUAAGCCCAAAAUUGAGCGCAUUGUUGAGACAAAGCAUACUGAUAUAAAGACAGAGAACGUGAUAUCAUCUACUAACAUUUCCAAAUCAAGCUCUGACCUGUCAUCCAUGACACUUCCUCACUCAAAGGCCACUAACAUCAGUCAUUCCUCUAUUAGUCGUUCUGCCACUCUGCCCCAUCAAACUCAGACAAUUGUAGUACAACAGCAGCCAGUUUACUACACCACAAGCCCUGUACUACAACCCAUUAGCUAUUUAGUUCAACCACAGUUACAGAACACUGUUUUGCUGGCAGAAAGGGCCCAUGGAGCCAAUGUUCCUGGUGUAUAUGUAGUUAGUGGGACACAGAGUCCAACUUCUGGACUUGUGGUCAGAGGGCUCCAGAGUCCUCCUUCUGGGUUUGUAGUCACUGGAUCACAAGUUUCUUCUUCUGGGCUAGUUAUUCAGGGCACUGAGAGCAAGAAAAGCCCCACAAGCCCUACGAGCUCCAUGAGUCCAGUCAGCCCCACCUUGUUGCUACCAGGGAGCUCUAAUGUGUCCCAGGGCUCAGCCCCAGUGGAGAGCUGGACAAUCAUAGGGCAAAAUCCUGGGGGAAAUUAUAUCUUAGCUCAGGAUAAGAGUGGUCCAGGUGAGGCAAGGGGGAUUAACCCAGGCUCACCUCAGGGCAUUUUGCCCAGAGGUGCUAUCCUGGUAAAAGAGGCUGCUUCCCCUCAGGGGGUGUUAGGUCAGGCAGCCCAGGGUAGUGUGCAUGGCAUUCUGCCACGACACAUGGGGAAAACAUGGGUUGCCCAGCCAGGGCAAAUGGGAUUUGGGCCAUUGACUGUUUUGGGAGUUGGUGCUGGGCAUCCAAGAAUGCAAAUGGGGCAGGUGGUGGCAUUGAAUCCAGAAGUCAACCAAGCUGGACUUAGAUCAGCUGGAAUGACUCCAGUUGGGACAAGGCAGGUUACUGUAAAGCAAUCCCAAGAAAUUCCUCCAUUGAAGCAAACAAAUGUUAUGCCAAACACAUGCAGACUAAAUACCAACACUGUAAAUACCUUUAUUACUGCUGAAACAAUCACAACUCAUCCUCUUUCAAAGGAAGAGGUUAUGAUGGAAAAUCAGUUUGAGGGUUACACUGAUCCAGUUGAGAAAAUGCAUCAUGAUCCAGUUAAAGAAAAGCAUUGGGAAGAUAUGAUCACUUACACUUCAGAACAGGAGUCAACACUUGAUGAUGGAUAUCCUAGUGAGAUGGUUCAAGAAGCAUUUAAAGACAAUGAGAGCAUGCAAGAGUACCCAACACAAAAAUCUGAAAUUAUCAAGGUUGACGAAAAUAUUGUGAAAUCAUUAACAGGGCCAGGUGUACAGCAGAAAUUAUUAGAGCAGGCUCUCACAGUGGUAGAGAAACCAGGAGAUACAACAGAGAAUAUUAUGCCUGAUCAACUGAACGAAACCCCUGAAGAUUCAACAAACAAAUUUACAGAUGUGCUAAGUCAUGCAACAGAACCCAAUGAACCACAAGAGAAUGACAAGGAAGCUGACGUUUCACAAUUAGAACAGCAAGACAAUCAUGUCCAAGGGAUGUCCAAUGAAGAUGUAUCUGCAGUUACUCAAAUGAUCACUACACAAGCUUUCCUACCUGGAUCUGAUGUCCUCGAUUUAAUCAAUGCAGACAAAGAGAAGGAGGAGACGUCAAUAUUUCCCCAAGGAGAGGAAUCUAUUUCUACUUCAGGCAACAUCAACAUUUUGGAUGAUAAAACACAAGAUAACUCAAAGGAGACUGUGGGUGGAUGGGAAGCAGAAUCUUUGAGAGAAUCAGAACUAGUAGAAGAACAGGGAGAAACUGUUGAUCUCAACAUAGUUAAAAGUGCAGAGGACAAAAGUUCUGAAGUUGGAUUGGAACCUGAAUCAAAUGAAGUCACAGAUGAUCAAACAGAAAGGGAACAGGAGAAAGAUAUUAUGGCAGAAAGGGUGGUUUCAAAUUUAGAGAAAAGUCAAGAUUUUACCACUACUGAUGGAAUUCAGGCACAGGAAGACAUGGAAACAAUAACUACUGUCACCAUGGAUGAACAUGAUUCUGAAAUAAGAGUCUUUAUUGUGGGUGAUGAAUUGUCAGCAACUAAUCCAGAUGAGAGUUCAGAUGACACUGUGGAUGACACUGGAGAACAGUUAAUCCCAGAUCAGGAAGCAAUGCAAGAGGAUCACAGACUGGAGGAUAAGAUAGACGAUGGUCAUGUAAAUAUGGAUAUUUCUGAUACUGAUGACAAAGUGCCACAUGAUGUUACCACUCAAGUGCAAGUAGAGUACUCCAAUGUGCUAACCACUGCAACAUUAGAGAAACAGCUGUAUACAGCAGAAGACAGCAGCUGUGGAUACAAAGAAGAAGACAAUGAUGAUGCUGACCAAAAUAUAUCAUCAGGAUCAGGAGUAGACCAAGAUGAAGUUAAUGCAGAUGCAGACAGCACAAAAGAUGGAGAGAAUGGGAAGAGUGUUGUGGAUGAAGUGGUGUCACACCUAAGUUUCAGCAUCUCCAAUGACCCAGAUUCAUACAUUGAAAGACAAGAUGCAUUGAGCAAUUCUCAAAUAGAAGAUAAAUUCAUCUCCGAUGUCAGCAUUAGUGAUGAAGAGAAAGACAAAGAAGUUGUAAGGAAAAUUACAUCAUAUGUAGACCAAGACAAGGGCAUUGGGGAAGAGUUACUGUCAACCAUACAGCAAGAUAGUAGCACUUCAAAUGACCAAGAUGAAGAGAUUGGAAAAGAAAAUGCAGGAUGCAUGAUUACCCAAGUGGAAGAUCAGCUGAUCUCAGAAGACAUCAUACACAAUGGUGUGAAAGAGAAAGAUAUUGUUGGGCAAGAGGAAACACCUGUACAGGAAACUACCAGUAUCUCAGAUGAAGAUGAUUACAAUGAGAGAGACGAUGCAUUAAACACAACUUCUCAAGAGGUGGAUACGCUCCUCUCUGAUGACAGGGUAAGUGAUGAAGAAAGAGCAGAAGAAGACACACCACCUAUACAGCAAAAAAUCAGCAUUUCAGAUGACCAACAUGAAAUGAGUGAAAGAGAAGAUGCAUCAGGAGUGAGGUGUCACUUGGAGGAUGAGCCCAUGUGCUCAGAUAACAUACAUGAUGGAGGAGAAGAGGAAAGAGAUGUCACAUCCACCUUACAGACAAUAAUUAGCGUCUCAGAUAACCAAACUGAAGAGCAUGCAAAAGAAGACACAUCAGGCAAGAGUUCUCAAGUUGAGGCAGAAGAACUUAAGUCUUACCAGUUGUUAGAGGAGGACUCUCAAUAUGUAGAGAGUGAAUGUUUAUCUGAGAAAGCAGUGGAGAUGUCAGAGAUGACUGAAACUCAAGAAAUGUUUUGUGAAGUAAGGCAAAGGGUUAACUCUUCUGAAGUGAGGGACACAACUCAGGGUAUUACUGAGAAACAAAAUACUUCUGGCCUUCAUUUAAUGAGGGUUGCUAACAUGGAUAGUUUGGAUGAUAUGGUCGCAUCUUCAGAAGAACUUAGAUCAACCAUGACAGCCACAGGACAAGUUUCAGUAUCCAGUGAAGACAUAGAGACUACUGCGAGCAUGUUUGCAUCUGGACAAAUAGCUGAGAGUGAAGGAAAUCAUUUUGAUAUCCAGAACCCAGAUGUAACUGAAAUUGAACAUAGUGAGGGCGAGUGUGUAGAUCUCACUUUGGAAACAGCCGAAGCAGACGUCAGUUUUGACCUAAAGACUAGAGAAGGAUUAGAAGCAAGUAAUGCAACUGGUCCAGUAUCACCAACAUUUUGUUCAGAGAUCAAAGUGAUAGACCAGACCACAUCUUCAGUCUUGGAAACAGGCUCAGCAGAGACAGGACCUCAAAGUUGUAUUGCAACAAAUGAGGUAGCUGAGGAGGCUGGUUACCUAGUCCAGGAUGAGAGUGUUCACAUGACCGGAGAAGAAGCAGAGGUAGACCCAAACACAACAGGGCAAGCUAGUUUGGUACAGGUUGUGUCAAGACCUCCUGAUGACAUGCCUGAAGCAGAAGCUAGUGGUGGCCAAGUUAGUACUGUGCAGCUCCAAACUCCACGGAACAAAUCUAGAAAGAGCAAAAAGGACUCCAAGAAGAGUCCCAAAACUCCAAAAAGCCCUUCAGGAAAGUGUAAGCAACAGUAA